UGAACCUGGAAGUACAGCAGUCCUGGAGACUUGCGCAAGCCAUCCCGUGGGGUCUAUUGAUAGGGUGGCCCCCAAACAAGCCCAUGAUUUAGCCGCUCACCGCUCCAGGCGCGGUGCGAAUCCCUUGUGACGUCGCCGACGGAACUCGCUGCAAAGGCCGGUAACAACCACCACUCGUCGGCCAGGCUUGUGCUUGUACUUUUCUCUCAACUCAUGUGAGAUGACAUGGACACCCUUUCUGGCCUGUUUCUCUCGCGCUUGACGUCCUAAAGCUCCCAGCUUCCGAAACAUCGGACAUGUUUCCGUUCUUCCUUACCUCUGUACAAUACGACAGGACCCCCGGAGGGUCAACGCUUCGGUCUCUUUCGCCUUCCUUUGAGCACGGCCUUUUGUUAUUGCCUUCUUUACCUCUCCUGAAUUCCUGCGCCUCUUCAUAGUCUGGGAAUGACCCCUUAUCCAGCCCUUGUGCGGUAGAACUGGUGCGUCUUCAUCAUGCCACCUCCCGCGACGCAGACAGGUGGCCAGGCAGCGCCUCCCACCACACACCCCCGCGAGCCGGCAAAACCUUCUAUCAACACAAAAAAUCCUCCAUCUACCAACCCCAGUGGGGUUGAUUGUCAGUCGCCUCGCCACGGCCAUCAGAAACUCGUAUUCACCGACCCGGUCGCCCUCCGAUACCUUGAAGAAGACCCGGCUGCCGUUGUGCUACAUCGUCGCUUGACCUUGGUGGGAUACGAAGUGUUCAUUGUUGAACAAUGGGCCUGUACGCGCAUCCACCCUACAUUCAUCAUCACUACCUAUACGGGGGAUCAAUCGCACCAGGUCGUGGUGGGGGUGCUGAGCGUCCCCACGGAUGAGUCUACGUGGUCCCCUCGGAUGAAGAUGUACUUCAGCGCAGUCACGCAAUGCCAAGCGCGGAAAAAGGAGACACCAUUGGGGACACUUAUGGUUACCGACUUGAAUGUGUUCCCAUUGGCAUUGACUCUCAUCCCGGUACCCGACGGUGAUGUCCUGAAGCACAAAGAUGAUUUUGUCGUCAAUGAGAACCUGAAACGGUUGGGUUGCUCAGGCCGUUCCGGGUUAAAGCUACAGCCACCAUCUCCUGCCACCGAAGCAAAGUUUCACCACCUUUACCGGACGAGCGAAAAGGUGCCUCUGUAUCUGGCCGUCACGGAGCUUGUGAAGCAGUGCCAAAUCGCUUUGAUGAUGUUCGGCAAUCUUGCGCCAGAGUAUGUGGACGGACUACUAUGCGAUGUCACGGAGGCAGCCAUAAAUGAUUGGUGGACCGAUACGGGAACGGACCUAUUCAACAUUGAACCGAGUGAUAACAUGAUUGGUCCGAUCUCUGUAGCCGCCUUGCUGGGUACGCUGAUGGGGGCUCGAAACCGGCUUCAUGCUUUCGGCGCUCCGGUUGGUAAGGAUGCAUUCGAUAUCUCCAGCCUCAAACGGGGCAUUGGAAGCUUCCAAAAGUCGCAGAAGCUGAAACGUACCCGAAGACUGGAUCGUCAGACCUUGGAUCGCUUGCACCGGGCGACAGCAAAAGCCGCGAACGCAGAAGGCUGGACUGAUGCUGUGAAAUCCACCAUGGCGGAACUCAGCGGGCAUGGGGGAGAGAUGGUUAUGGGAAUGGUCCGGGGCCGCGAAAAAGGUGGUAUUGCUGAUAUCGAGACCCUUGAUAUUGAUAAUUUCGCACAUCUGGUCACCGGUGAACGGGCAAAAUGGCUGUGGAGGGGAAAGCCGCGGAAGGGUGGCAUUGGCGAUAAUUUUGCUGGCAGUGCGCCGGCCACAGAUAUGGUAUUUACUACCGACGAUCAGGGUGGCUAUCAUUGGACAAGUCGAAGGCGACCCUCGCACGAAGACUUGGCGAAUGAUCGCAUUUUGCCAGGUUUAGAUCGUUCUUCGAGGCCGACGGAAUCAGCAGCGUCUCUGGAUGAUAAGGACCAGAAUCUGAGCCGGUUAGUCCGGAAAGGCGUGAGCGGGAAGGUGUCGGAUGCGCGGGCAGGGUUUGGCCGGUUCAAGGAUGCCGUAGGCCUUCGAUCUCAUCCCUCGAAACAGUCUAGGGAUGGCAUAGACCUGGCUGGCGACCCGUCUCAUCUGCCUGCUAUAGAUAGCGACACGGAGUUGUCUCAGUCGAAGAAGUCCGAGGGUGGCGCUCCGACCGAACCGGACAGCGUCCAUGACAAUGAAGCUCCGGCUCCGAAUGAUGACGCGCAUGCUGAGCCUCCAAGAACCAUCCUACCGCAAUCCCCCAACUCAAAAGCCCCGGCAAUCACCGUAGAAACGGUUUCCUCCACUGCUGAUUCCGAGUCAUCGCGCAAGGUGUCGGUGGCUCGAGUGGAGGACGAGGUGCAGGAUCUCGAGCGCUGGAGGACGCGUUCCACCGAUGUCUCGGCCGACCCGGAGCAGACGUCUGAAGUUGGGAUAAUGUUGCUGCGUCGGCCACAGAGUUGCACUGAACUGAACUCCGAGAAGGAUUCUAGACGCCUCGAUAACUAUUGGCCUCGCCACCUGUCCUUCAGCACUGUGGAAGAGGUGGUGCUGGGAUGGGAGGGAUUAGGAGGCGAUGCUUUCAAAGAGACCCCCGAUGCUCUCCUGGAAGACGCCAUCAUUCAAGAGGACAUUUUGGCCUCCGACGCACGGAUCUUCAGCUCACGCAUCCAGGAGUUGAGUGAGCACACUGUCCCUUGGGUUGAGCGACAAGUAGCCUCGGUGGAUGGUCUCAGUCAAUGCUUACACGAGAGCCAUGAAAAGGUCAACGCGGCCUACCUGGAACGGCUGGCGACCUUCCAACAAGUGCGAGGCCGAUCAAGUGACCUGUUGACCGAAGAGCACACGCAGCUCACCGAUUACAUGCGACGGGUCGAGCUGAUGGGCGCGAAGCUGGACUACGAGCUCCACGUCCUCGAUUCCCGAGUCGAGGAUGUCGAAACCAACCUCGAUGAAUUCGAGCGGCAUGUCAACGCCAUCGAAACCAGAGUGAAGCAGCUUAUCCGAGGCGAGCAAGAAAAGCAGAGCAACUCCUGGUUCUCCUGGUUUGGACGGGUUACAGGAUUCUCGACUGCGUGAGAUUCUGUUUCCCAGAACAACCUUUGUAAAUGCCCAUAUCAUUUCUAAUGUACAUAAUAUCCGAGAUAGACUUGCGCAAUACGCGUUGACCGUGCAAUGCAAAAGACCGAGAUCCGCCUUCACUAACCGCAAGACCAGCCCAAGACCAAACAACCAUGUAUAU